GGGCGGGCGCGCUGCGGCGGUCCCUGCUGCUGCUUCCUCGGGCCAUUUUGCUCCGCGCGGAGCGACGAGAGGUGGCUAGCCGGGACUAGACGAGGCGCGGGCCGGAGGGAGCGGCGGGCUUUCCGCUUUCGCAGGGUCCGGAGGGCCGCAGCGAUCACCGGCGAAGGGGUUCGGGGGCCCCUUCCCGGUCCCUGCACCAUGAGCUGGGGCACUGAGCUCUGGGAUCAGUUUGACAACUUAGAAAAACAUACACAGUGGGGAAUCGAUAUUCUUGAGAAAUACAUCAAGUUUGUCAAGGAGAGGACGGAGAUUGAGCUCAGCUAUGCCAAGCAACUCAGGAAUCUUUCAAAGAAAUACCAACCCAAAAAGAACUCGAAGGAAGAAGAGGAAUACAAGUACACAGCAUGUAAAGCGUUUCUUUCCACCCUGAAUGAGAUGAAUGACUACGCUGGGCAACACGAGGUCAUCUCGGAGAACAUGACGUCACAGAUCACGGUGGACCUGGUGCGCUAUGUUCAGGAGCUGAAGCAGGAGAGGAAAUCGAAUUUCCAUGAUGGACGGAAGGCUCAGCAGCACAUAGAGACAUGCUGGAAGCAACUGGAGUCGAGUAAGAGGAGGUUUGAGCGGGAUUGUAAGGAGGCUGACCGGGCACAGCAGUACUUCGAGAAAAUGGAUGCUGACAUCAACGUGACCAAGGCGGAUGUGGAAAAGGCACGACAACAAGCUCAGAUACGCCAGCAAAUGGCAGAGGACAGCAAGGCGGAUUACUCCUUAAUCCUGCAGAGAUUCAACCAGGAGCAGUGGGAGUACUAUCACACCCACAUCCCCACCAUCUUCCAGAAAAUACAAGAGAUGGAAGAGAGGCGGAUUGUACGCAUUGGCGAGUCCAUGAAGACGUAUGCAGAGGUGGACCGGCAGGUGAUACCCAUCAUUGGGAAGUGCCUGGACGGUAUAGUGAAGGCGGCCGAGUCUAUUGACCAGAAAAAUGACUCCCAGCUGGUCGUAGAAGCCUAUAAGUCAGGAUUUGAGCCACCUGGAGACAUUGAAUUCGAAGAUUACACACAGCCAAUGAAACACGCGGUGUCAGACAACAGCCUCUCCAGCUCCAAAGAAGGCAAGCCCGACCUCAAGUUUGGCAGCAAGUCCAGAGGCAAGCUCUGGCCGUUCAUCAAGAAAAACAAGCUUAUGUCCCUUUUAACAUCCCCCCAUCAGCCUCCCCCUCCUCCCCCUGCCUCUGCCUCACCCUCUGCUGUUCCCAACGGCCCCCAGUCUCCCAAGCAGCAAAAGGAACCCCUCUCCCACCGCUUCAACGAGUUCAUGACCUCCAAACCCAAAAUCCACUGCUUCCGGAGCCUAAAGCGUGGGCUUUCUCUCAAGCUGGGUGUCACCCCGGAAGACUUCAGCAACUUCCCACCUGAGCAGAGAAGGAAAAAACUACAACAGAAGGUUGACGAUCUCAAUAAAGAGAUCCAGAAGGAGACGGACCAGAGAGAUGCCAUCACCAAGAUGAAAGAUGUGUACCUAAAGAACCCUCAGAUGGGAGACCCAGCCAGCUUGGACCACAAACUCACCGAAGUCACCCAGAACAUAGAAAAACUGCGUCUAGAGGCUCAGAAGUUUGAGGCCUGGUUGGCUGAGGUGGAAGGCAGACUCCCGGCUCGGAGUGAGCAGGCACGCCGGCAGAGCGGACUAUACGAUGGCCAGACACACCAGACGGUCACUAACUGCGCCCAGGACCGGGAGAGCAGCCCAGAUGGUAGUUACACGGAGGAGCAGAGCCAGGAGAAUGAGCACAAGGUGCUGGCCCCGGAUUUCGAUGAUGAAUUUGAUGAUGAGGAGCCGCUGCCUGCCAUAGGGACCUGUAAGGCCCUCUACACAUUUGAAGGUCAGAACGAAGGCACCAUUUCCGUAGUUGAAGGAGAAACGCUGAGCGUGAUUGAGGAGGACAAAGGCGAUGGGUGGACUCGCAUCCGCAGAAACGAAGACGAGGAGGGUUAUGUCCCCACUUCCUACGUCGAAGUCUAUUUAGACAAAAACGCCAAAGGUUCCUAAAGGUGCGGUGCACAUGGCCAGAGUCCCCGUGAGCCUCCCAGGAGCCACCAUCGUCCAGCCCGCUUGUCCCCACAGGCCUCCAGCACCACUCAGGCUGGCUAGGCAUCCUCCAGCCCACCUGCAGGCUGGGUCCCCAUAUCCUGCCUCCCCUUCUCCUUCGCAGCAUGCUCCUGUGGCUCUGCCAUUCCCUCUGCCUAUGUAUGGCACGGGUAUUUCUCUUCCGCAGCCCCCCACAGGGGUUGCCCACUUCACUCCGCUCCCUUCCCACCCAGACCACCAAGACAGCUGGACUUGUGUCUCUGCUCCCAGUUCUGGGCUCCCAGUCCACCUGCUCAUCACCUGGCCACUCCUUGCACAUCUCACACUGUGCCUUUGUCAACCGUCACCGCUAGUUUCCUGGUGACUAACAGAAUCCUGACAAGGAGGGCCAGUUGUGCAUCAGGUGGACUGAGCGCCCACCUGUCAUCCAUAUGUCUCUUGGGACUCAUCGUCAGAUGUGCCCUUCUCUCCAGAGGCUGCUGUCUCAGGCCCUCCCUGUCAUCCAGCACUGUUACCUUUAUACUCCAUCCCAGGGGAUCUAUGGUAGGACUGGGGCACCCAGCCCCCGUCCACUCCCACUGUGGUUCUAAGCCGUCUAUCUGGCCCAAGAAGGUCUGUACUGGAAUCCCAAAUCCUGCUGUCUUGUCUGUGUCUACCUUUUAUGAGCGCUGUCUGCCUGUUUGUGGUAGCCUGCGAUGGAGGGCCUCACACCCACACUAGCUCCUUACUGUAAGACGGGCCUGCUGAGUCCCAUAAGUAGCAUUUGAGGACUCUCAUUUCCCACCAAAGACCUUGUGCCUCUUAUGUUCCCUCCAAUGGCUUUGGCCACUGCUUCUGCAUCAGAUCCUGUUCUCCAGAAGCCCCGGGGGAUAGAUGGAGCUUGCUUUUGAAGCUGUUUCUCUCCUAGAAUGGUAGAGCUUUGGGGGAGAACCGAGCAGGUCCUUUGCACCUUUGAGCCACUCUUUCUCUCCUUUCCCCUAGUACAGAAGUACUCAAGACUUGGCCACAGGCCCCUGUGAAGGGUGUCCCACAAGUAUGAGCUUGAAGAAGUUGGUGGCUUCCUCUGGACAGGCGGUAGCUUAGCUAGCUAGCAUCAAGUCAGAGGAUCAAAGAUACAGAAAUCUUACAAAAUCAGAGAGAUAGGGACAGAGAAGGCAAGUCCUCAGGGUUGGGGCCUGUGCUUUGUCCAUGGUUUGUGGAAAUGCUGACAUUCUCCAGAAACUGGGGCUGAUGUACCACCCUGCAGAACAGCGCCCUGCGGAACAGCACUGUCCACCUCACAGCAGAAGGUGAGGAGCAGCUGACAGGGGCCUGGCUUUGGGUUUCAAGAGCAAGCAAGGAUUGGCAACAGGCUUUCUUCACCCCACCUCCUCCCAAGUAAGGCCCUCUGGGGCCCCUGCGAGGCAGUUUAGAUUCACAUGAGGAAGACCUAGGGGACUGUAUGGAGACCUGGUACCUAAGAGUGAAGAUUGGCAGGGUCUCAGCUCUGACACAAUCUGACCUGUGGUCCAGGCGGCUCCAUUCCAGCAGGUUACCAGGCAUCUAACUUCAGAACCUCUGAUUUUUACCAAGUUGGGCUGACCACUGUCCCCUCCACAAGAGCCAGAGUGGUUUUUACAGGUCUGUUCACAGAGACAAAGAAAAGCUCUUGCCACAAGAUAAAAUGGAGAGGCUGCCGAUUGAUCUUCUUUAGAUGACUGUUAAAGCCUACGCCUGUCCCUGUGUCCCCUCACUUCUUUUUUAAUUUCCUGGACUGCCUUACAUCCAGAAAGGAUGGAGGAUUGUCUUCAGGCCGUUCUCUGACAUAGAUGGUCUGCCGUGGAAAUCCUGUGGAAUUGUACCGGUUGUGGGGGGAAGGGAAUGCAGGAUUUUCCCGGAUGCUCUACACUCCCUGUCCCCAGGACCCACUGCCUGUCACCCCUAGCUGCUAGUGUGCUGAUACAAGAAUGACUCACUGUAAAAGAACCUGCCCUGCAAAUGACUUAGAGGCAAAAAUAAAAGAACCUUGACAUUUACCGCUUUUUUUUUCUAUGCAGAUGUAAAGCUGCAAUGGCCCCUCCCUCUAGGCUAAGCAUGCUCAGCCAGGGGACCAGCCCAAAUGACACACAGGGAGGCUGCUAAUGCCUUCUGGUGACAUCUGUAGUGAAAGUAGAAUGUCCACAUGAAGUUAAAAAA